CAUCUCAUCGCGCAGUGAUGCGCAUGCCUCCGCGGGGGCCGAGGAGCAGAGCAUAGAAAGGGCAGCAUGCUACAACGACUCGAAAGGAACGAUUGCACUUAGCGGAAUUUGCGAUCGCUCCGUCGGCGACAUUCCUCAGAGCACGGUAACAAUAAACUACUUGUAGGAACAAUUGCCGCGCGUUAAUCAUGGCGAAUUCCGAAAAGAAGGUGGCACUCGUAGUGGGUGCUUCUCGAGGCAUAGGGAGGCAGGUAGCUGUUGAUCUGGCAAGGAACGGAUACGUUGUCGUCGUUGCAGCGAAGAGCACGUCGGAUGUCUCGACUGUGACGCCUUUCCCUCCUGACCCCAACUCGCCACAAUCCACGAUCAGCACAGUCGAGCGCGAAAUUCGCGAAGCUGGGGGCGAAGCGACAGCUAUCGCCGUAGACACCCGCGACUAUACCAGCGUCCAGAAACUGCUUGAUGAAACAACCAAGAAGUACGGGCGUCUUGAUGUGCUGGUAUACAACUCGGGUGCCAUCUGGUGGGCAAGUGUCGAGAACACGCCGAUGAAGCGUUUUCAGCUCAUGCAGCGAGUAAACGUGGAGGGGCUGUACGGCACUGUGCAAGCCUCCCUACCACACUUCAAAAAGAACGGGUGGAAGGGUCGCAUCAUUGUCGUGAGCCCGCCCAUAUACUCGCGUUUUUUUCGCGGAAAGACAGCGUAUGCGAUGGGCAAAGUAGGCAUGAGUGUGCUCACCAAGGGUCUAGCUAUGGACUGGGAAAGAGAAGGCAAGCAAGACAUGGCCAUCACAAGUAUUUGGCCUGCAGCAGCCAUCCAGAGUGCGGCGACGAAGAUGGCCGAGAAGGACGCUGCACACGAGCUGCGCAAGCCGACGAUAUAUUCGGAUGCUAUCCUCGCCAUGCUAAACUCACCUGCAGCAGAGGUCAAUGGCUGUCUGGAGCUCGACGAAGACUUUCUGAGAAAGAAGGGCGCUGUCGAUUUCGAGAAGUACAAUCUUGUGGUUGGGUCAAAGCCGCGCCGAAUUAUGCCGAAAUUACUUCCCGACCUCACGGUCAAUGAGCAAAUGGAUGAGGGAAAGAGGAUGGACAGUACCAAGUUGCGUGAAAAGUUGUAGGGAUCUAAGCGCAGGGACCCUGCACAUGGCCACUCCCGCGGACGCUCCCGCUGUGUGUCGCAUCUCCCCUUGCAGGGACGUAACGACAUCGAUCGCGAAGAACUCCGCCGCGAUCGCGGGCGAUGUUUAUCGUUUUGAUUCAUGUAAGUUAGAGGAGAGGAAUAUCGAUGUCGAGCUAUUAAGAUGAAGAGAUUUGAAUGUGCACAGGUGCUAUUCUGCAUUCUUUGGUCACUCGCAGUCCUAGUCUGAUAUGCAGACGCUGAGGUCUCGACUUGAUCGGCAACUCCUGCUGCAUUCUCGCCAUCAGCCCUCCUUCACACAUUCCAUCACGUCCACUUCUCCGUCGCGUCGACGCGUGUUUAGUAAAAUGGAACGGGAUUCGUAUUAUCCAG